AUGGUGACAAGUUUUGAGAGAGGGAAAGCACGUGUGCAGCAACUAGCAGAGAACACAAGGUACUUCAGGAGACGACUGAAAGAGAUGGGCUUUAUCAUCUAUGGAAAUGAAGAUUCCCCUGUUGUGCCUCUGAUGCUGUACAUGCCAGCAAAAAUUGGGGCGUUUGGGCGUGAGAUGCUGAAGCGGAACAUCGGGGUCGUGGUCGUGGGCUUCCCUGCCACCCCCAUCAUCGAGUCCAGAGCCAGAUUCUGUUUGUCUGCAGCUCAUACCAAAGAGAUGCUCGAUACAGCUUUAAAAGAAAUCGAUGAAGUUGGAGACCUUUUGCAGCUGAAAUAUUCCCGUCACCGUUUGGUACCUCUCUUGGACCGGCCGUUUGACGAAACAACGUAUGAAGAAACAGAAGACUGAACUCCCUCCACGUGCCUUGGUGGGAGGGACACACCCUGUGGGACACUCCGUGGCGUGCAGGCCACCACGUCCAUGACAACACACUUAUGACUGCUUAGCAUAAAAGACAUUUCCUCACAAUACUGAAGUAGCCACAUCAGCUCUAAAUGGCAUUUUGUAAAUAGGGAGAGGAGAAAAAAAAGCUUUGAUUCCUUUAUCUUCGGGGUCUGGCCCUAGAGGUGCUUGGCUUUAUAUUUUUUUCUUGUUGCUUUUUUUUUUAAUUUAUUUUGUCUCGAUGAGUUCACAGCAACCCAAGUGGGCUGUGGCUGAUCAGCUCAUACUUUGUAUGCACCAUUAGCCUCCCAAAUGCUGGCUGAGAUGUUGAGAGCAUGUGUGACGCUGGCAUGGCAGCACUUCCAGUGUCACUGCUAGGUGUCUGACCUUCCCAGUAAGGAGUGAGCUGACCUGUCUGUUCUUGGAGACUUCAUAGAAAAACUGAUUGCUAACUUUGACAUAUUUAACAAGGUGGAUAAUCAACCAAAGGUGUUUUUUUCUUUUGCAGUUACUUGUGUUUAAAACUUGAAUUAGCCUUUUUUAAAUAAAUGUGUUGUUGACAUGUCACUGACAGGACCAUUGUUACUAAACACCAUUUAGUUUUCUAAGCCACAGGCAAGGAGGUCUUCUGGGAGUCUAGCCUCUCUUCCUUCCCAGUAUGAACAGCAGCUUGUCUCCCAGUUUUGACACUAAU